GAGUGAAAACAAACAAAUGAAGCAAUCAAGCAAGCGACUAUACAUACCCUCACCGAAACCUUGCUAUCCAAACUCAAAAUACUCCUACUCGGCCGAAGCCUCGUCUGCUGCCCCUUCCGCUGGCGCCGCCCCUGCGCCGCCUACGAGCUACGGCAACGACAUGCCCGCGCGUCCCCAUCGGCAGAAGAAGCCUAAGGCGGGCCUGAAGCUGAACUUCGACGGCUCAUCGAAGGGCAAGUCCGGGAGCGCGACCAUCGGCGGCGUGUACCGCGACGGCGAGGGGAACUUUUUGCUCGGCUAUGCGGGGCGCAUCGGCAAGGCGACGAGCUCAGUUGCCGAGCUUGUCGCGCUCAAGUACGGGCUCAAGCUCGCGCUGAAGAACCGCUGGAGUGACCUCUCGAUCGAGGGCGACUUCAAGGCCGCCGUCGACGCCAUCGCGAGCCGCGCGCGGUUCAGGGCGAAGGAGGACAAGGAGCAGUUCACGGCGAUCGCCAAGAUGCUCCCUCGGCUCGGCAAGGUGAGUGUCAGGCACGUGGGCCGCGCAGGAAAUCGGGUGGCCCACUGCUUCGCCAACCUCGGCCACAAGACGGCGCAGCAGCGGCUGUGGCGCGAAGCCCCGCCAGCCGAGGUGCUCCUGCACCUUCAGCGAGAUGCCGAGGUUCCCUCCAAGAAGAAGAAGAAGAAUGAGGAGGGGAAGAAGAAGAAGAAGCGAGAUGCCAAGGACCCUUCCAAGAAGAAGAAGGAUGAUGAGGAGAAGAAGAACCCGAAGAAGAAUACGAAGCGAGAUGCCAUGAACCCCUCCAAGAAGAAGAAGAGGAAGCGAGAUACCAUGGACCCCUGCAAGAAGAAGAAGAAAAAGAAGAAGAAUGAGGAGAAGAACCAGAAGAAGAAGAGGAAGCGAGAUGCCAUGGACCCCUCCAAGAAGAAGAAGAAAAAGAAGAAGAACGAGGAGAAGAACCAGAAGAAGAAGAGGAAGCGAGGGAAAAUAGCUUUACCCCCUGAAAAGAAAAAAAUCUGAAUGUGAUGUGCAGUACCGUUUAA